CUCCCUCCUUCCCUCCCUCCUACCUCUAUUCCUCUUUCCAUCGAAUCCAUCCUCUCCUCCCGCCCGCCUUUUUCCCCAUAUCUCAGUCGGGAUCCGUACGAGAUCUACCUGUCUACCCAAAAACUGCACGAGAAGCUCCUGAUUCAGUGGUGCCUGCAAAGACCACCGUAUGAAGACAAGAAUUGGAUUAAAGGCAACAUUAUAUCUCAUUUUCGACGCAUGUACGAUGCGUACUUCCAGGAUGUAAAGCUUCUAGGGCCAGACGAGCUCAUCGACAUUCGCUACACCGAUCUCCUCGCCAACCCCAUGGAGACUUUGAGGAGCAUUUAUGAGAAGUUCCAUAUUGACCGCUUCGAUGAGAACAUGCGCCCCGCAAUUCUUGCUUAUCAGGAGGCUCAGAAAGAAUUCAAGGUCAAUCAGCACCAGAAGCUGAGUGAGGAAGAGAGGGCAGUCGUAGCAGACGUAUGGGCAGACUACUUCGCUUAUUACAAAUACAACCCAUGAUCCGGCCUGUCCUGCCUCCGUCCUUGCUUUCUUGUCUCCUUUCUUCUUUUCUCUCUCUCUACACGGGGCCGACGACGUGGACAGAAGUAGGAGAGAGUGCCCUGAAGUCCUUUUUACCCACCUUCUUUCCAGGUUGAUUUCUCCUCUUUUCUUGUCCUUUGUUGGUACUUGUGCGUCGUUGGCUGACUCGAUUGCUGGUAGUAUUUUGACGCGAGGGAAUAUGCGAGGAACGUGUUUCGAAGGCGAGAGGCUAGGCUGAGAAGGACAGGGGGCUAUAAAUGAAGAAGGCGAGAAUACAAGGCGGACCUGCCACGACGAGGGAAACGGUGUCCGCGAAAGACCAGAAACGGAAAAGGGAAAAAAAAUAGAAGAGAAAAACGAGCGUAAGAUGAAGGAAGCAGGGAAGAACCCGGUGAAGAAUCGGUGCAUUGUAAGAAGGAGAGUUACAAUGAAGGUUGAAAUUGGACAGCGAAUUGAAGUAAGACUGUCAAAAAUAGCAGAACGCAAGGAAAAGGCUGAAAGAAGGACAAAGAAA